UGCAUCUGAUGGCCUUUCUCUCAGACACUCUCUCUGUCUCUCUCACACACAUCAGAGAGUGAGAUAGAGUUGACCUUUAAAUUUUGAUACAUUUCCCCAAACCAGACCCUACCUAUCAUUUGAGCUUACUUAUCACAGUCUCUUUUGCACAAUAUAAUGAUGGAACUGUCCAAAAUCACAUACACACACACACACACGUCAGAGAGAGAGAGUGCGAUAGAUCUUACCUUUUUAUUUAGACAAAUUGCCCCAGACCAGACACUACUUAUCAUUUGAGCUUACUUAUCACAGUCUCUUUUGCACAAUAUAAUGAUGGAACUGUCUGGUAGCUAUGAGUUUGAGUCAGGUGUUAUUGUACUCUGAGGGUAAUUAUAACAUGUUAAUACACAUCUGUUCCAGCCAGACACCUGGAUAAAACAUCUAAAUGUGCAGAAAUAUCAAAGUAAUUAUAGAGGGCGCUGAGACAGACAGAUCCACUCCUUGUCUUAAAAGGCCUCUGUACAGAUCUCAGCAUGUUCCUUAGACAAUGGAAGUCAAACUAACAGAAGCAGUGAUUUUCUCUCUCCUUCUUACUCUCCAGGUAUUUUCUGCAGAGAGGAACGAUGAGACUCCCACUUCCUGGCCCGAUCAAGGGGCAAUUCCCACGGGAGACUACCUGGAGAAGGGGAGAGGAGAGGUGCACAGAUAUGACAGACAAGUUCAGCAUUCUGGGCAAUCUGAACAUGAUGUUAUUCACACACUGCUGAGCACAAACGAUGCAACUGAGAUAGACAUCAUCAACCGUGGCGAGUUUCCAUGUAACGUCAUAUCAGUCAUGGACGACCUCCUAACCCCUCAGGUUCGGACUCAACCAACCCCGACCGCAGUUACCACCAGCAGCCCACACCUGGACAAUAACAAAAACAAGAGAAAGGCAAAGGGAGCUCCUCAACAUCAGGGUCUAGUUGUCCCAUACCUACCCAUCAGGCCUGGUGCCCCCAACAUAAAAGGCUUCCCUCCUGCACCCCGAAUGUUCUUUGUCCCUCAGAGAGCUGAAGCACGCCAUCCCCACCCCAUGAGCUGGUUUCCCAGAGGUUAUGGAAGUAUGCCCAACUACCUCAUGCCCCCCUCUGUAUUCUCAGCCUAUGUCCGGGCUUUGCAUGGAAGUUCAUCUGAAGAGAAUUCUCAGAGUGACUGAAGUAUCGGGUUCCUAAGACCAUUUAUAAAUAGAAUGGGGGGUGUCCGUUCUAUAGAUUCUAUUUCUAUGACUAAGAGUUUCUGGUGCUAAGUCUCCAUUACUGUCCCAGAAAAGAGAUCGGCAGAGGCUGAUAUGAUCGGUGUCAUUGUGCGCUGAAUCUGCUAUGUGGAAGUGUUGAUAAGCAUCAUGUUAUUUUUUAAUCACUCACAGCACCAUGCGUAUAUGCUUACAUGACAAAAAUAUACCAUUUCCUUUUCAUAAAGUUUUUGAGUUGUUUUGGACUGCAGUGCUCAACCAUUUAAAUACACUAAAUGAAUACGUUUAACAUGUUACCUUCAGAAUCACGAUGCUUGCACAAUACAAAUUACACCCUGCAUUGCAAAGAAAGCCAGGUUCGACAAGUGCAACUUUUAAUCAAGCCAGAAUGAACAAUGAUUAAUGGAUUCAUUACCGGAGAGUAUCAUGCCUGUGUCACAAAUACGCAGACCUGUGGUCAACCUCGGCUGCCUUUGCAAUCAACACAAGGCAGUUACCACAGGAGC